AUGGCACCCUAUCCUUCUAUUUUGCUUCAGUACGAGGAUGGUAAUCGUAAUGGUCAAUCAGGAAUUUCUAUUGCGUGGUUGUUGUCGAAUUUUGGAUCUUCAGCUGCAACAGUAACGUCAGUCGCGUCGAAUGGUGGUCUAACCGGGUCUAAAUGUAAGAAAAAAGAUAUUAUCAAUUUAUCGAUUCCAGAUACCUGUCAGGUUAUCUCGAAGACUGGGGUCGAGAUGCCUUUGCGGUUCAGUUCGAAUUUGCUUUAUGGGGUUACGGUGUGUUAUUCUAAGAAGACAGAUUUCAUUCUUUCCGAUGUGGUGCAAAUCAAGGGUCAGUUGCAAAGAAAGUUAUUUGGUUUGGAAUCACAGUUGAGGCAGAACCGGGGUGUUGCAAUGGAGGGGAGGCAGAAGGAGGUUGUUGGAGCGCAGGAGUUUUUGAAUGAUGAUCCGUUGUUUGAUAUUGGACAAUGGUGUAAUUUAAGGUUUGAUGUUGGAAACGACAACGGGGAGAGACAGAAGAAGGAGAUUAAACAACAGGACUUUUUACAGGAGGUUAAUAAUAACGACGAGUCGUUUUUGGACAAUAGAUCAGUUGCUGGGGGUGGCAGGAUGAGAACGAUGGAUGACGAUUUGGGGUCGAUUGAUAUGGACUUGAACUUCGAUAUUGACGAUUUGGUAAGUGACGAUGGUGGGCGUCAAGAUGAGUUGGGGUCUGAGACAAGUGAUGAAAAUUCUAAAUUCGAGUUAAAUUUUAAUGAUCCAUUUAGCAAUGAGCACGAUAAGCUUCCAGAUGUGAUGGAGGGGUCCUUGUUACAGGAGGAGAACAAUGAAACAACUUCUUCAGUAAAGAGGCCAUUUGGAGAGGGGGAAGACAUGGACAGUGAGGAUGGUGAUGCCGCUAAUAAUACUACAUCCGAGUCAAACCCAAAAAGGAAGAUGGCGAAGCACAAUGCUGUUGUUUUUGGAAGGAUAGUACAUGAUGAGAAGAUAGGUCUAUUAACCGACACGCUAAGGGCGAAUCAUAAAGACUACGUUGAACUAAUGGAAGUACAAAAUAGUAAAACAGGUGGAGCUGGCACUAAAAAUGACACUAUGACAUGGAAAGAUCUCUUAUUUCUUAACAGUCAACCAGCUUUUUUACAAAAAGCGUAUCAAAACUUGCUGGAUCCAGAUCACGAGGAAAGCGGCACUCUAUACUUUGAAAGAGGUAGAUCAUUAGCCCAUGUUUACUCUUCUCUCUCUUCCUCGAGAUCCAGCAGUGUUAUGAGUACUGAGCAAGGUAGAAGAAUGGCUCCUAAUCUGGAAACUACAAGAAGAUCUAGCCAAAGCGAUGCUCACGCUAACUUUUUACCUGUGUUCUUAGAAGAUGAACCAUUUCCGGAAGACUACAACUUUGGAGGUGAUGACGAAGGUUUUCAAAACGAAAACUUCAUGAACACUAAUUUAUUGCCCUCCAGCAUUGGACGUAUUUCAAGCAGAUAUAGUACAGCAGAUUCAGGUGAGCAGGUAGAAAUAUUACGUAAUGCGGUGAACAUCCAAGGGAGGUCCAUGACUACCAAAAGAACCGGCACCGAUUCAUCACAGCACAGUGACAGCUCAUAUCAACAAGCUGUUUCUUUGGGUUCAGACAUAUCCAAAGGACAGCCCAUAGUCCUGGACGAACAAAAUAGAAAGUUCUAUGCUUAUAUCAAAGAAAGAGCGGACUUUGUUGGAAAGACAACCAGAUCACAUCCACCAUUUCACAAAAAAUUGUUAUUUGAGGACUUAAUUCCAAGCAAAAUAUCCCAACAAGAAGCAGAUAAUCCUCAUGAGUUUAAACCAGUUAGCAAACGAAUUGCAGCGACAGCGUUUUUGUCACUAUUAAAUCUAGCUUCAAAGGAACUAAUUCAAUUAGAGACUUUUGAAUUGGAAAACAAAUGUGAAGUUAUGAAAGGAGAUGAUGUUAUAAUAUAUUGCUAG